AUUUGAGGAAUGCCCAUGUAAAACCAUCAGAAGUAGGAAGUGAACCAUCCGCACAUUUCCAAUUGUUGCGAAUUGUUGUUUGUUUUCGUAUCGGGGCUGGGAUAUUAUUCCGACUUUAGUAAUUUCAUGGUAGGCUACAUUUUAUAUACAUGUUGACAUUGUGAUGAAGACCUGAUGCCAGAAGAAAGAGCAAGCUCAUCCAGGAACACAGGGAAUAUGGAGGACAAAGAUGUGGAGAAGAAAAUCAUGGGACACCAGACUCCUUAUGGAGCCAUCAAUGGUGACAUUACGGGGGAUACCUGCCCAACUUGUCGUGGCAUUGGACGCAUUCCAAGAGGACAUCAGGACCAGUUGGUCGCCGUCAUCUCAUGCAGUGACCAAAGACUGAAACCAAGACACACGAAACUCUACGUGUUCAUCUCAGUGACCUUGAGUCUCUUCUUCUGCUGUUUGAUCCUCUUCUUCCUCUUCCCUCGGAGUAUAAUCAUUCUGCCUGUGUCUGUGAAAUCAGUGAUGGUCUACUUCAUGCCAGACUCAGUGGAAAUGCAGAUCACUAAUGUCCUCAACAUCAGCAACAAUAAUUUUCUUGAAGUUAAAAUCCUUGACUUUGACGUUCAAGUGCUGAUUAAUAAAAUGAUUCAGGGAAGGAUCAAGAUAUCUAACAUGACCUCGCUUAAACCAUCUUCACAAAGAGCGUAUACAAUUACCAUACCUGUUAAGAUUGAUGAUGCAGGCAUGAAUAAUUACUGCCAGUCCAGCUCCAUCAAGAUCCACACAUUGUUUUUGCAUUUGCAAAUGACCAUGAAUGUUUCUUACCUGGCCCACUCAGAGCAGUUGUCAAGGGAUACGUUUGAGUAUGUAGACUGUGGAGCCAACACCACCACACCACAUCCCAUAAUGAGCUGAUGAAACUGAAAGCUGUCAGGAAGUGUCUUGCAUCAGCAGUGUACCAAAUUAAUCAAUUGUCUAAUCCAAUGACAACCCAGAGCUUUCAGUUUUAUUUUAUGCCAAACUGUGAAACUAUUAGAAUGUUCUACUGAAAGGGAUUUGUUGUGUUGAAGGGAUACAAUAUGAAUGGAGGCCCCCUUUGCACUUUUGAUUUGUAUUAUUGGAGAGGCAGUCCAUUUUCCAUUAUGCCAAGUUUAUAUCCUGUGUGCCACUCUUUAACAUAUUGUUUUAGACUUUUUUUUAUUUCAAUGAAUGCUGUAUUUUUUAAUGCUUUCUUAAUACUUUUUUCUUAAAGAAUGCAAAUGAUUACUGUUCUUCAUACAGUUUCAAGGUAAUAGUUUUAAAUGUUCAAUGAUGUGCUUCUGGUAAAAAGCGAAUGAUGUGCCUAAACUUUGCACUAGCAGUCAUUUUGGGGUCGUUUUUGAGUAACUGGGUCUAUGAUGUAUUUUUGCACACUUCAAUGCUGUCACUUUAUUUUCAUGACCAGGUCCACAUAUUCUUUGAAGUCGAUAACAGCGAAAUAUCUCUGUAACAUAGUAAAUAAAUGAGGUCUAACGUGACUUGAUACAAGAAAUGUCCAUUGUCAGGUGGCUGAGCGGUGAGGGAAUCGGGCUAGUAAUCCGAAGGUUGCCAGUUCGAUUCCCGGUCAUGCCAACUGACGUUGUGUCCUUGGGCAAGGCACUUCACCCUACUUGCCUGGGGGGAAUGUCCCUGUACUUACUGUAAGUCGCUCUGGAUAAGAGCGUCUGCUAAAUGACUAAAUGUAAAUGUCCAUAGUCAGUGAGAGGAAGACUCUUUACCAAAGAAUAUAAUUGUUUAGUUUUUAAUGUUUUCUUCCAUUGUUGUUUAAUUUUGUCCUUUGAUGAGGGCAUUUUUUCUGCCUGCCAGCGAGGCAGGAAACAACAGAUAAAUCAUUAUCGUUGUCAUGGAGAGUCGUUCACGACAAGGUAGUGUGUGGUCAUGUGGUAUUCAGGUUUUGGACAGACCUCACCACUGCUGGUUGUACUGAAUGGACUGAAACGGAAAAAGAUGUAAGUGAAUAGUAUAUGAGAUUUUCUCCAAGACGUUUGCAACCGGUUUGGCUAUACUGUGCAAUGGUAUCUCUCUGUGUUUUUUAUUUAAAUCAUUGAAGCUGAUGCAAAUACAAAUUCUCUUGUUUAAUUGUAAUAAUUGAGUGAUCAGUGUAAUAAAAAAAUAAUACUCACAGAGUAUCUGUUGUCAA